AUGACGACACUACUCGACGCUCUUCGGCAAACCAGUCGAGUUGACUGCGAUACUCUUGAUGCCAAUGUCGCUCAUCAAUUAGGCCCUUUUGUGGAUUGCACUUCAAAUCAAGCGAUCGCAUUCUCUGAGAUCUCAAGGCCACUCGCCGGCGAGCCUCUGUUACAUCAUGAUGCUUUGAUCAAAGAAGCUAUUCAAGGAGCUCAAGGUGCGAUGAAAGAACUACAAGGGUCUGUUACCUUUGAGGAAUUCGUUGUCCAGAUUUUAAUGGUCAAACUACAACUACUGAUACUCCCCAACGUCACUGGCUAUCUGCAUAUUCAGACCAACCCGAAGCUUUCCUACUCGACUGCCGGUACAAUCAGCGAUGCCCACCGAAUUGUCGCCAUCUUCAAGCACUUAGCACCUGAUUUUGACGCAAAACGAGUGUGUAUCAAGAUCCCAGCUACCUGGGAAGGUCUACAAGCAUGUCGCACAUUGGAGAUGGAGGGUAUCGCAACACUCGCGACUACCAUGUUUUGCAUGGAACAAGCAUCUUUGGCUGCCGAGGCACAGUGCACCUACAUUGCGCCGUAUGUCAAUGAACUAAAGGUUCACUUUGAAGCAGGAUACGUGGAUCAAAACAAAGCCUUUGACUUUUGCCGUGAAGCGCAAGCCUACUAUAUCAAUAACUCCUUACGCACACAGGUUCUCGCGGCAUCUCUCACAUCCACAGACGAAGUGAUGCAGCUCGCGGGCAUUCAGCAUGUUACUAUCUCCCCCAACCUGCUUGAUGGAUUGGCCUCCACCGACUUAUCAGCCUGGAAUGGCAAACUCGGCGACUACUUUGCACAAGGUCCUACGAACAAUAGCUGGGAGACAAGAGACUACCAUACUUUGGUUAAAGAUGAAAGUGCAUGGAGGAUUGCUUUCACCAGGAGCGGCUUUGGAUCAAGUGAAGGUAAGAUUAUCCAAGCCAUCAACUACUUCGCCGAUUGCCAGGAAAAGCUGGAAGAGCUCGUGAGGCAGCAUGCGGCAUAA